AUGGUAAGAAUUCAGCUUGAUAAUUCAAUACUCCAGAGGAUUAAUACUUACCAAAUCCAUGAUACUGUUAUAUUGACAGUCAAUAAAAAAGAAAUCGAGUUACAUAAAUCCAUGGCAAUCGCACUUUCCCAAAAAUUUUGUGCAGAAUAUCAAUUAAACAACGAAAUAUCGAAAAUUCAGAUUAACACUGAUAUUGCAUCACAAGAUACAUAUAGAGUAUUAGAAUCUAUACUUCAAUAUAACAUUCAAGAAAUCGAAUGCAAUGAAACUGUUUUAACAGAUCUUGCCCAUGUUGGAAUACAACUGCAGAUCAAGGAAUUAACUGAUUUAUACAAAAAUAAUAUUGCAGAAAGAUUGAAAUUGGAUGAAAAUACUUGCGUAAAAAUGCUUGAAUUCUACGUCGGUAUUGACGACAAGAAAAAGAUACAGGAGUGCAUUGACUUUAUCUCUUCUCAUUUCUACAAAAUUGACGAAUCUCAGCUUAGUGCAAUUGCCAAAAAUUUUGGAUUCGAUAUUUUUGAAAAGAUACUUGGUAAUGAAAAACUCGGCAUAUUAGAUGAAGAUUCUUUAGCUAGAUUCAUCUUUUCUCUUGUUAAAGAAAGUGAAUCUUUCAAUCCAUUGAUCGAAUACAUCAAUUUUGAAUUUUGCAGCGACGAAAUCAUUGAUUUAAUUGAUGAGUUAGACGAUGGCAAUAAUUGUUUCAAUUAUAACAAAGCACUUCGUCAUUCAUUAAAGAGAUCAAAAAAUCCAAACAAUAACAAUAACCAUUUUUCAUGGUGGAAUGAAAUUAUGAAUAAAAUCAGAACAAGUAAUUUCGAAACAAGCUACAGAUUCCUUGAUGAACUCACAGAAAAAGGAAGUCAAACAGUUAUACCAAAGGCAUCAAAAGAAAUUCUUGAUGAAAAGAAAAACAAAUAUGGUCAAACAAUGCUUAAUGAAGCAACUACAAAAGGUAAUCUGAAACUUAUCAAAGCACUCAUUGAAUGUGGUGUUAACAUUGAAACGAAAGAUAGCUAUGGAUAUACCCCACUCAUUAACGCGGCAGAAAAAGGUUUCCUUGAUAUUGUUAAGUAUUAUCUUUCAAUUGGAGCAAAUAUCGAAGCUAGAAAUAACAGCGGAAGCACAGCACUUAUUGCAGCAGUAUAUAAUGAUCAUUUAGAUGUUGUUAAAUAUCUAAUCUUUGCAGGAGCUAAUAUAGAAGCAAGGGAUAAUGAUGGGUACACUUCACUAAUUGUUGCAUCAUUUUGUGACAAAAUUGAUAUCGUUAAAUACCUUAUUUCUGUUGGAGCUAAUAAAGAGGCAAAGAAGAAUAAUGGGCUAACUUCACUUAUUGCUGCAGCUUAUAAUGGAAAUAUUGAAGUUGUGGAAUAUCUUAUCAAAGAAGGCGCUAAUAUUGAAGCAAAAGAUAACGAAGGAUGGACUCCUCUUAUUGCUGCAUCGUUUAAUGAUCAUCUUGAAGUUGCACAAUGCCUUAUCAAAGCUGGAGCUGAUAAAUUAGCAAUGGAUAAUAAUGGUAUCACAGCUCUUUCACAUGCAAAAGUUAAUGUAUUGAAAUAUCUAAAAACUAUCUGA